AUGUCAGACACCUCUGGGGAUGACUGGUCUUCCUGGGCAUCGCGUCUGAAGGUCGGAGAUGGCGUUUGGUACCAGCGCUGUGAGGGCACGGAAGUCGAGGCAAGAGUCGUUGAGAUCUGCGCGACAAGCAGCACGUGCUGGGUGCAGUAUCACGUGAAGCCUCCCAAAGGCGGCAGGCAGAAUCGCCGAGCGCUCGUCAAAGUAGAGGAGCUGAUGCGAGUGCAGCAGGAUCAUGAACGCUCACCUAGUUCGUCCCUGGCUGCAAGCGCCAGAGCUUCUGAAGAACCCGACUCUGCUUUUGAGGCCAGCUGGGCCUCCGAAGGCUACACUCCGACUGUGGCCGAGACGAUGCCCGCCCAACGUUUGCUCAGGUCACGGGGUCUCAGCAUGGUUCUGAACGACGAAGACAUUCCCGUUCCAAGUGGCAGGCGGAGGCUGCUGCGUGCGUGCAGCAUGGUCACCUGCGAGGAGGAAUCCUUCAGGCGAGCACGCGCUACAAGCAUGAUCGAUUCAGACGAUGUCGAAAGCGUCGUCUCCUCCACGAAUCAGUCCGGAAUCCUACCGAGGCGAACCACUGCCGCGAGCAUGAUCUUCAGCGAAUCUUCUGGCAAUUCCUUUCAUGAGCCGAGAAAGGCGCUCAGCAUGCUCAGCAACAUGCCGGAGCACUGGCUUGACAGGGAUGGGCAAGUGUCGAAGCCUUCGCAAAGACCGCCACGGGGGGCGCUUAGCAUGCUCAGCGAAAUGCCGGAGCACUGGCUUGCCAUGGACGAGCAAGUGUCUGAGCCGUCGCAAGAACCGCCGCGAGGGGCUCUCAGCAUGCUCAGCGAAAUGCCAGAGCAGUGGUUUGCGAGGGAUGGGCAAGAAUGGGUGCCUUCGCAAGAACCGCAAGGAUCCGAGUUCGACUUUGACUUGCCGCCAGAACCGUCCGAAAAGGGCGAUCCGGAUGGCUCUCAGGGCGGCAGCUUUUCCACAUCGAUGUCACGUCAGGAAUUGCCAGAGGAGCCUGUCUCAGAGUCGGAGAAGACUGAGACGAGCAUAAGUUGCUCUGCCCAUCAUGGCGUGAAGGGGCAUCUCAGCCAGCAUUUGGCCUCAAUCUUGCCCUGCUUCAGUGCCUGCUCUCUCCCAUACACACUCGUGAGCGCAGCCGACCUGACAGCAGAGCAGUGGACAACCCGGCACUUGGCAGAAUGUAUUGUGCCACUAGACUCUGCUGCCUUCUUCGCACCGAUAGCUGCAGUCCAGCCAAUCGAGGUAUUGCAACGCAGCUGCUUGGCCAUCUGCGCAGUGGACAAUGCCAGAACUGGCUCCACGGCUUUAAGAGUCUGGCAAGUUCGCAAACGUGACCACUGGCGUGACCAGAGACCGCAGCCCUUCUUAGUUCUGGUGCGGCUGCAAAUGAUUGAGGCACCACAGGGAAAGCGGUUCACGCCGGUGACCAGUAGUCUGCGCUGGCAGAGCUUGAAAAGGUUGGCCUGUGGAUGCCAGGGCGACUACAUCUCUGCUGCUAGCGACUCCUCUUCUUUGCGUCUUCAACAGGCAAAGGUGAAGGAUGUGGACCCACUGGAAGUUAUGCAAGUUGGUCGGCAUGUGCUUUACUACAACCCCAAAGCCAGGCGCUUUGAAAGCCGGGUGGUAAAGAUCGAUGAGCAGCUGAGCUUCCUCUUCGUGCUGCAGGAAGGGACUCUAAAGGAGCCUUUUGCUGCAAGGCUCUACGAGGUUGACGAGGUGGUGACAUCAACUCGGGCCAUGCAGAUUUGUGAGGAGCUGGAUCUGAGUGACGAGUACUUGAUGGAAUCCACUGCUGUUGUCGUAACCCAUACGCGAAGCUCGAAAGACAGAGAGAACCUCUUGAACCAUGACAAGGUGAUGGUCUUCGUGGCCCCACCUGCAAUGAAGCUCGUUGAUCACAUUGCCGCGUGCGUGGAGCUCUCCAAGCUGAAGUUCUCCGCCGGAGCUGAUGACGAAGAAGGUGUCAGGCUGAAAGAUACCGGACGCUAUCUCGAUGCAGCUCGCAUUGGGAACUGUGCGGCCAUUUUCUUUCAUUACUCUACCGGCGUUGAGUUGGAGUUUACACUUCGCCCGGCUGACAGCGUCGAGGAGAGACAGGACUACGAAAGCAAGAUGCCAAUCACUCACAUGAUCUCGUUUCCCAUAGAGUACGGCAGUGUGAAGAUGGAAAUAAACAAGCUGCUGGACAGGCUUGGCAUUCUUCCAGCCCUUGACUUGACACGUCUCAGCUUGGUGAUGUACGAGAUGGUGAUUCACAGACACUGGAUCCACCCUCACAUGAAACUCUUCCCUGGAGGCAUGUACGAGUUCAUGCAUGACAGGAACGGGCUGCAAGCGCACUUCAACGUAAGUGCUGAGGUGCAGAGCCAGAUAUUAGAAGUUCCGCAACCGCCUCGGCGCCAGAUGGAUGUGCACUACUACUCGAGCAGAGCAUUGCAGGCAACCACCUUGGCUUUGAAGCAUCUUCUUUCUCUGGAAACUGUCUUUCAGGCAGCAGACAAGAGAAAGGUCUCAGAAUCACCGGAGGAUGUCACGCAGGGGGUUCAGAUCUUCUGCAGAAGCAGCAGAAGGCCUGAUGAUGAGGAGCUUUCCCAUAUUGAUGAGGAGUUAUACUCAGAUGAGGAGCCUUCCGAAACAUGGAAAGAGCCCGGCCGAAGAAGUUCGGGUGGAGUCGUGCUGGAUGUAUCCACAGAGCCACCUGAGUUUGAGGAUGUAAGCGACGUGGAAGACUUUGCCUUCGCUGUCGGACUGGAACCUGAUCACGUGGACGUCUUUUGUCAGUCGGCAUUGGAGAGGUGUGGAACUUGCCCAACGUCUGUAAAAGCCUACACCACCCACAAGGUUGAGAGGGAGCUGUCUGAACUGUGCCGUCUGCUGGAGCACAAGGCAGCAUCGCUGGCUUCCACUACAUGUGACCCAGAUCAGGAUGACACAUCAAGCUCCAAGCACACAACUUCCGAGGACGGAGAUUGGGAACGCGAUCCUGCGGAUUUUCUGGCCCCAGUUCAGGCAGAGGCCAGCGCAGAAAGCGAUACGACGAUAUCUGGGUCUGCUGUCGUUGCUACCAGAGCCGAGCGGGAACGCGAAGCAGAUCCCGAUGCAAGCAGGCUGAAGAAGCCCGGGUUCAUGGAUCGAAUGUUGAGGACCUUUUGCCCUUCGCUUGUGAAGUCACGAUCGGACAAAGGCGAGAGAGGCGACGAGGUCGCCAACUUGCCGAGGUUCGCAGGAGCAGAAUCCAGUUCGGCUCCAGAGCCCUUGAGGCCUGACACGUCGCCGGGUUCUCCGAGUUCUCUCGGAGCAGGUGUCGGCGACAUAGAAUAA